AUGAGCCUCGGCUUCGACGUUGACUUCUUGGCCGUGAUCAGCCUUGUGAACCAGGUGCGCAAGAGCUUCGUCGGCGCCCCCGAACAGUUCAGGGCCAUUUCGGACGACGUUCGGGGAUUUUCCAUCAUUUUACAAGAUGUCGAGGCUAGCUGUACCCAACUCAGCCCGGAACAGUCUCAGGAAUACCAGAGCGUCGUGACCAGCUGUAAGCAUCUGCUUGAGCGGCUUCAAACGAUUCUUGAUGAAUACGCCGACGUGGCUGAAGCCGGCAAGGCUGGGAAAAGGACGGCCAUCAAAAGAGUCUGGAAGAGGCUCAAAUGGGAACCCGACGCCAUUCGUGAUAUACGAACCCAAAUCUCUGUCAGAAUAGCCACCUUGAACAGCCUCAACGAUCAAGUUACCAGCCAAAACAUUGCGAAGCUUGUUCGUCAUCAGGAAGAUACGGAACGUGAGGCUACGCUGAAAUGGGUCAGCGACAUCAACUAUAUUGCGCAGCAGAACGAUAUCGCUCUCCGCUGCCAGACAGGCUCUCGCAGAUGGUUAUUUGAAUCUGAAGUGUACAAGAAAUGGUACGCCCAGAAAGGCAGUCUUCUCUUUUGCCCCGGAAACGCUGGCACAGGAAAGACGUUUACUACGGCAAUGGUUAUUGAGAGCCUGCGGCUUGCGAAUGAUGCUGAGACUCUGACAACGUACAUGUACUGCAACUACCAGAAUCACACCCAAACUAUAGAGAAACUUCUCUGCAGCCUUUUACGAGUUGCGCUCGAAGAGGCGGACCAUGAGGGCGACAAAGUCCUUUCCACCUGCAAGCAGAUGCGUUCGUCCAACAAAACGAUAUCUCGAAAAGAUUGCUUGGACUUGCUCAAAGACCUCUUUUCUAAAUUUAAGAGGGUCAACUUGAUAGUGGAUGCACUAGACGAACUGUCAAACGAAGUGCGACGACCACUCAUAUACGACCUAUUCAAUCUGCAUAGGCAGGGCAAUGUCUGCCUGUUUGUGACUUCGCGCAACAUUCCAGAGAUCCAACACCACUUUGAGCGCUGUGAAAUGUAUACCUCUCUGGAAGUGAGAUCAAGCGAUGAAGAUAUCCAGAAUUUCCUACGGGACAAUAUUUUCCAACUACCAAGUUUUGUUGCUCGAUCUCAAAAACUGCAAGAUGAAGUGAUCAACUCGAUUACCAAUGCAAGUGCCGGCAUGUUUCUACUUGCCGAGCUAUAUUUGAAAUCUCUGGUCAGCACAAUGUCAAAAGGCAGUCUUUGCAAGCGACUUUCCAACCUGGCAACCGGUUCGAGCUCAUACGAUACUUUGUAUGAAGAUUCGAUGCUUCGAAUCGGAUUUCAAGGGCCCGAAUCAGAGCGUGUUGCUUUACAGAUGCUUUUAGUCUUGACAUGCGCGAGGCGGCCCCUUUCACCCGAGGAGCUCAGUCAUGCUCUAUCCAUUGACGAGGGAAGUGAAACUUUUGACGAAGACAUGGUUCCAGACAUGGAUGAUCUGGUUGCCGCGUGUACUGGUCUUGUCGUGUUAGAUGACGCAAGCAAUAUCGUGCAUUUGGUGCACAAAUCAGCCGCCGAAUACUUCGAGCGCACAAGAUCCCGUUGGUUUCCAAGAGCAAAUGAGAAAGUGGCGCUCAUCUGCCUCAGAUACCUUGAAAUUGCUGAGACAAAGCCAGAAGAAACCAGGGGUGAAGAAGCCCCAUUCUACUACUAUGCCAAGGCAAACUGGAGCUACCAUUCGAUAGAGGGCGAAAACGAGGCUGCAAACGAGACUGCUUCCGGCAAUGCCUCACAAACAAGUUCGGCAAUUGACCGUGGCUCUUUGCCAAGCCACCUCGCAUUUACUCAGCUCUCCAUCCAGCAAAUGACUAAAGAAGUCGCCGAUGUGCACUCUACUAUUGUCGAAGCCUGCUACGCCGGCCAUCAGGCAUGGGUGGAGCAGCUUUUAGUCGUUCGCAACUACGAUAUGAGUACAUAUGGCAAAAUUCCAGAGGCAUAUAUAAAUAAUGACGAAUCCUUCAGAGAUGAUGUCUUGUUGACCAUCGCGGCUGCGCGAGGAGAUUACAGCAUGGCUUUAAUGUUGUUGGCGCGAGGGGCAGAUCCAAAUAUUUGCAAUGGCUGGGGACAAACACCAUUGAUUAUCGCCGCGACGAAUGGCUUCGAGGACUUGGUAUCGCUCCUCCUGGAUCAAGAGUCCAUCAGGCCAGACAAGAUGGGUCGGCAUUUACAGGGGCACUCCACUGCAUUCCUGGUGUCGAUUGACCUCGGCCGUCAAGGAUGCUUCAAGAUGUUGCUCGAGAAAUCUAAUCGUGGACUGAGGGAUAGCCACAAAAGAGGCGCCAUGUGGCUGGCUGCCGCUGCCGGGCAUCUCAGUAUCAUCUCCGAGCUUCUCAAAUGGCCUGAAGUAGAGAUCAACUACGCUGACACAGAGUAUUGUGGCAGUCCGCUUCUUGCGGCGAUAAGGGGUGGCCACGAAAAAGCUGCCUCGCUUCUUCUGCCCUACACAAAAACCCAGAGCUGCGGACGCUGUGGGAUUACACCCGUGUACUACGCUAUCCGGAAGGGAUAUCAUAGCCUCUUGGAACGGCUACUAGAACACGACGCAUCGGCAGCAGACCACGAGAUAGAUCUCGAUCUUCAUAACGAAUGGAGGUGGACUCUUCGUUCAACCUAUUGCGAGUUAAGCGACGCAGAGCAAAAGACGCCACUUAUAAACGCCCUUCAUCUACGAGAUGUGCAAGCUAUUCAACUGCUGCUGCCGCAUGCCAAUGUCAACCGGGGAGGUACUUGGCGGCCUCUUCACGUAGCAGCUGAAUGGGACAAUGUUGAAAUUUUUGAGCUACUUCUCAAAAAAGAAAAUGUAGAGCCAGAUCCUGUCGAUGGGAGUGGCCGGACGCCGUUUCUCCUGGCAGCUGCGUGUGGACAUUGUGACAUUAUGAAGGCGCUCAUCAAACAAGGGGGCAUUCAAUUUGACAGAAGGGAUGCGAAGGGUCACGCUGCGAAUGACUAUAUUGUUCGUCAUUUCUGGAAUCUUGAAUACUUUUUUCUUUUGACAUCUAUUUUACCUGUAGAUGUCAAUAAAAGGAACUCCGAAGGCUAUAGCCUACUCCACCAGGCUUGUUCUUUGCAUCCGGACUUCUCGUUUUCUGCGAACGGUGAAUGUUUCGUAAAGUUUUUGGAACCUAACACUGGUCCUCUUGUUGCUGAGCUGUUAAAGUGGCCUCAGGUCGACGUGAACUUGCCCGACGGGAACGGGUUGACACCUCUUCUCCUCGCAGUGAAAAAUCGCCAGCGAGAUGUUGUACGCUUGCUUCUGGACCGAGAAGAAACGGAUGUGUUAGUCCAAGACGGGGGAGGGAAUGACGCCCUAUUGCUUGCCUCAUUCCAAGCUCCCAUGAGCGAGGCGUUUUACAUUCAGCUUCACUAUGGGUGUAAAUUCAGAACUCAGGGGAUACCAUCUCGCUAUAACGUACACCACUGGCAGGAUGUAUUAGACGCAGAAUUCGGCGAAUACAGUGAAUCUAUUUUCAAUAUGUUGAUCCACGACAGACGCUCAAAUCCGUACCACAGAAACAAAAAAGGGGAAAGCAUUAUGUUUGGCGUGGCGAGGACGGGCACCAAGGACAUGGUUCAAACAGUCUUGGAAACCACCACGUUGGCGUCAGAUCUAGCAAACGUAUACGACGGUGGGAAAACCCUGAUUUCACUUGCUUUGUUGAAGAACAAAAACGACGAUGCCGUGGAUCUUCUGAUUGCACACUGCCCUGCGGUUAUUCUCCAGAACACCGAUGCUAAAGGUCGGAGUCCACUCUCAUACGCAGUGUCGAGAGCCACCGGCCAGGCAACUCGAUCGCUCCUAGCAGCAGCUGAGAUGGACACCAGCGCUGCUGAUCGAUAUGGCUUGUCAACUUAUUGCCAUCGAUAA